UUUUACAUCCACGUGUUUUUAGUUUGCGCGGUUUGUGCUAUCUAGCUCUGACCAAUUCACUUCAUUUCACCCUUUCAGCAGGUUUGACAGCACCAUGUCCACUGAACUGGCUCUCCUGAGUGUGUCCGAUAAGACAGCGCUGCUGGACUUUGCAAAGCGGCUCGUGUCGGUCGGGUUGUCGCUGGUGGCGUCGGGUGGCACGGCUAAAGCUCUGCGAGACGCAGGACUGUUGGUGAGAGAUGUGUCUGAGCUCACCGGUUUCCCCGAGAUGCUUGGUGGGCGGGUUAAAACGCUUCACCCCACUGUUCAUGGAGGAAUCCUGGCCAGAAACACUCCAUCUGACCAGGCUGACAUGGAAAAACUUGGCUUGAGUUUCGUGAGAGUGGUCGUGUGUAACCUUUAUCCUUUUGUGAAGACUGUCGCGUCCCCGAAUGUGACUGUGGCCGACGCAGUGGAGCAGAUUGACAUUGGUGGUGUUACUCUCCUCCGUGCUGCAGCUAAGAACCAUGCCCGAGUGACGGUAGUCUGCGAUCCAGCUGACUACGAGUUGGUGGCAAAGGAGAUGGAGGCUUCAAGCGAGCGUGACACAUCAAUUGAAACACGCAAGGCUCUCGCGCUUAAGGCGUUCACACACACUGCUCAGUACGAUGAUGCGAUUGCUGAUUAUUUCCGGCACGAGUUUAGCAGUGGAGUUUCGCAGCUGUCGCUGCGUUACGGCAUGAACCCACACCAGAGUCCUGCGCAGAUUUACACACUGGAGCCUGCGCUGCCGAUAAAGGUGCUGAAUGGAGCUCCAGGCUUCAUUAAUCUGUGCGAUGCUCUGAACGCAUGGCAGCUGGUUAAAGAGCUGAAGAGCGCGUUGCUAAUGCCUGCUGCUGCAUCGUUUAAACAUGUCAGUCCUGCUGGUGCGGCCGUCGGUGUGGCGCUUAGCGAGGAGGAGGCUAAAGUGUGUAUGGUGCACGACAUGCUGAAAGAUCUUACGCCACUCGCGACAGCCUAUGCUCGUGCCAGAGGAGCAGACAGGAUGUCCUCGUUCGGAGAUUUCGUCGCUCUUUCAGAUCCCUGUGAUGUUCCCACUGCUAAGAUCAUCUCCAGAGAGGUUUCAGAUGGGAUUAUUGCUCCAGGUUAUGACCCUGAGGCUCUUCGUAUCCUCAGCAAAAAGAAGAACAGAAAUUACUGCGUUCUGCAGAUGGAUCCCAGCUACGAGCCUGAUGAACAGGAGGUGAGAAUUCUGUUCGGGCUGCACAUGAAGCAGAAGAGGAACAACGGCAUCAUCGAUAAGCAGCUCUUCAGCAACGUCGUCUCCAACGGCACACUGUCUGAGACGGCCGUGCGUGACCUGAUCGUAGCCAGCGUCGCUGUGAAGUACACGCAGUCCAACUCUGUGUGUUACGCCAAGGACGGCCAGGUGAUUGGCAUCGGUGCAGGCCAGCAGUCUCGGAUCCACUGCACUCGUCUGGCAGGCGACAAGGCUGAUAACUGGUGGCUGCGUCGCCAUCCAAAGGUUUUGGGCAUGAAAUUCCGCACCAGUGUUAAACGUGCCGAGAUCGCUAAUGCUAUCGACCAAUACGUCAGCAACACCAUUGGAGAGGGUCCUGACCUGGCCGUGUGGAAGGCUCUGUUUGAGGAGGUUCCAGAGCCUCUGAGUGAGUCGGACCGGAAGCAAUGGCUUGGCACUCUGCAGGGUGUCGCUCUCAGCUCUGACGCAUUCUUCCCUUUCAGAGACAACAUCGACCGAGCAAAACGGAGUGGUGUUGAGUUCAUCGCUGCUCCAUCAGGCUCCACUGCCGACGAGGUGGUCAUCAACGCCUGCAACGAGCUGGUAAUCACUCUGGUGCACACCAACCUGCGCCUCUUCCACCACUGAACUCCUCACUACACUGCCAAUAUUCCAGUUCCUGACUUUGAGCCUCAGAUAAAAACUAAGACCUGUUAGCCACUCGACAUUAGCACCUUUCCUUUGAUAAGCUGAUUAGCAUCAUGUUACAUGUUUUUCCUACUUUUGUGCUCAAAAACAUUCCCUUUUUGUACUGUAACUAAUAACAGCUGUCCAGUUGUGUUAAUUCAUCUCGAGUAUUAAUGUUGUAGUUAACAUUCUAGUAAGCGAUACAGAACGUUCAACCCUACAACUCCUUCACAUUUCCAUUCUACUGCCUGUGGCUGCUGAUGUGCCUGAAAGAGAAGAGAUUAAAAUACUUUCUCAAAAGA